CUUGUGCUUGCCUUUGAAGCGAUUAACCACAUGCCUCGGCUCUCCCCCUGAAAGGUAGUAUUUAGCGCAGGAGACGUGAUAGGGGCGCCCAGUGUCCUUGAGAUCCUAGUGCAGAGCGGAGGGCAGCUGGAGACAUGAGCUCUACCAGCGGGGUGCGAGAAUGGGCCUGUGCAGGCGCUUUGGCUGUUGGAGCGGCUGCUGUCGGAUACCUGGCUUACAGAUCACUCUCCUGCAAAGACAAGUGCUGCAAAUCCAUGGUAAACCAGGGCAUACAGAAAGACAAUCCUAAGGUUGUACAUGCCUUUGACAUCGAGGACUUGGGUGAUAAAGCCGUGUACUGUCGCUGCUGGAGAUCCAACAAGUUCCCGUUUUGUGAUGGCGCACACACAAAACACAACGAGGAAACCGGUGACAACGUUGGACCUUUAAUCAUUAAGAAGAAAUAAUCCUAAACGAUGAACGGCCACGUUAAUAAUAAAACACCAUAUCAAUCAUUGCUCUACAACAGAGAAAUCCCUCCUUCUGCAAAACCCACCACCCGUCCCUGUCAUCUGCCUAAACUGUUAAAUCCUGCGGUGGUGGAACUUCUUGUGUCUUCGUCUGGCAGGGAAACGGAAGCUUGAUUUAUUCUGUACUUGUCUAAAACCACUGUUUGAGCGGGGGCCAUUACUCAGGUGGGCACCUGCUUUCCUUUCUGUUGUGAAACUGACAUUGGAAUGUAAAACUGAUACCUGGACAAUAAAUGACGUCCAAAAGCUUA